UUCGAACUUCUGGAAUAAAACACCAGGAUGUACGAAGUGCUGGUGUCAUACCUGCUUUUAGGUAUUGCCGUUCAGUUGAUCUGGAAGUCAGUGGAUUUUAUGUGUGUCAUCCUGAUGAGGGACAUAAUGCUCGGCAACGGCCUCGUCUCGGAGAUCGACUAUAACAACUACGAGAGCUACUGGGUGGGCAUGGUUACUGUGCCGUUGUCCCUCCUGAUCCUCGCAUCAGCCGGCCAUGGCAUUGACUAUUUCCACAUGUUACACGAUGGCCUAGUCCACGUGCAGUCGAAGGUUCAGCUGAGCUGGAAGGAGGUCACUCGCAAUCCGAGGAAGUAGCUUCUGGCGCAUGGUGCCGAUUCUGGAGGAGCACAAGGAUCUGGCACGCCGACAACGGUAGCAAUAAAGUGAAACUUGUGAUAGGCAUGCGAAUUCAAUUGGAUUCGUUUGUUUCGUUUAUUUUUUAUACAA